AUGAUGGAUAUCGAUCGUGCGCGAACCCGUAGAGAGCGCACCUUUGUCGGCAGCGCAUGCGCCGUGUGCGAGGAGCCUCUGGAACAUACAUUGCGUGGCGAGCGUAUAUUACAAUUUUCGUGUACUCACGUAUCGCAUGAGGCUUGUUUCUACGAGUACAUCAAAGAAUUCGAAUCGCAAUACUGUCCUACCUGCAAUGCGCCGCUCGGUCUGGACACAAGCCGAGGUGGAAAUGUAUUGGAUAUUGAGAAGCUGAGUAACAUAGUCCGAUCAGCGUCAGUCAGUGACGCUGCCACAACUCGGAGCACUCUGACCACCCCAACUCCAUGGGAUAAUCGUAACCAUAAUCAGCAGCCCCAACAAGAGAGCCUCAGGUCUUAUCAAAUGCAGCAGCAGCAACAGCAACAGCAGCAGCAACAAGACCAUAAUUUCAGCAGGCGGGAUAGCCGUGACACUAGUAGUCAGCGCGAACGGAUUGAACGAUUGACUACAAACAGCUCUCGAAGGCAAACGAGUCAUAGCCGUCAAGACAGUGGGAAUACCGGCGUGGCGUCGUCGGGUGAAUACACCGACGGACAGCAACAGAGCACUGGUCGGCGACACGAUUACGACGUACAGGCUAUGGAAUCGGACUUGAGUCCACGGUCGGGCGCAAUCAAGAAUCCGAUCCCUGCUCCCAUUGUCACGGUGCGCAGCGAAUUCCCUACGCUAAAUCGCUCCCGCCAGCAGCAACCUUUGACCUGUGUGGUUACUGUCGAGGUUCCUGAUGGCCAUUGGCGACCUGAUAUGGACGACCUCCGAUUCACGCCGUUGAACGCCCAGCUUCCUCCGGAGGACGUCUACUCGCCGAUUCGUUCACCGACCGUCAAUUCAUCGCGUUCUGUUCCUGCCGAAUCUCGAGAGAAUCUGGACGAAAUUGCGGAGGAUCUUCGCUUGCGAGUUGAGAAUUGGCAUGGCCUAGAAUUUCAACGGUUUGGAAAACUUCUUUUACACGGAUCUAUCAAUGUUGGCAAAGAUCGGGAAUCGUGGCAAGAGCUUGAAUGCUAUCUGUUUGCUGAAAUGCUCAUUUGCGUAAAAGAAAAGAAACUGGCCUCGGACUCUGCUGCACAUGAGAGUAAACGCAAAAGCAGUCGUUGCACAUUGAAAGGUUCCAUUUUGAUAAAGAAGCAUUUGCGUGAAGUUGAUGUGGUAACUGAGGAACCGAUUCUUACACUAAAUCUUAUUGUCAGUGAUCUACCCUGCUUCCAUCUCCGAUUCCAAAACAGGGGCCAAUUGGAUGUGUGGCGCCGCGCCCUUGCUGGAUUACACAAUCCCGAACCUGUGAGGGACUUUGAUGCCGACAGCGCAAUGCCCGAAGAGGAAGAUUAUCGCACUACCAAGACAAAUAAACGCCAGUCAUCAGCGACCUCGUCAUACGGUGCUAACAAGUCCAACAACACGGCACUGACAGAGUAUACCAAUACAAUGCGAGAUACCGGCCCCGCUACUUUCCAUGUUCCACUAGACUUGGUCGUUGUGAUACCUGUCUCUUCGUCUAUGCAAGGAUUGAAGAUCACUCUGUUGCGCGACGCACUGAAGUUUUUGGUACAGAAUCUGGGUCCACGCGAUCGAAUGGGCUUGGUCACUUUUGGAUCAAGCGGUGGAGGUGUUCCUCUUGUCGGAAUGACUACCAAAGCGUGGAACGGCUGGGGGAAGAUUCUAAACUCGCUCCGACCUGUUGGUCAGAAGAGCCUGCGAGCAGAUGUGGUUGAAGGUGCCAAUGUAGCUAUGGAUCUGUUGAUGCAGCGAAAAUCGAACAAUCCUAUAUCCACUAUUUUGCUCAUUAGCGACUCGUCGACUUCUGAUCCGGAAAGUGUUGACUUUGUUGUGUCCCGAGCGGAAGCUGCCAAGGUUGGAAUCCAUUCCUUCGGCUUAGGGCUCACCCACAAGCCCGACACUCUGAUCGAAUUGUCGACUCGCACCAAAGCUUGCUACACGUAUGUCAAAGACUGGAUGAUGCUUAGAGAAUGUGUCGCUGGCUGUCUUGGCUCUCUUCAAUCGACCUCACACCAGAAUGUCAAGCUCAAGCUACGUUUACCAGAAGGCUCGCCAGCCAAGUUUGUCAAGAUUAGCGGUGCUCUGCACACGACAAAACGAGCUACUGGAAAGGACGCCGAAGCUGCUCUUGGCGAUUUGAGAUUUGGCGACAAACGAGACAUUCUCGUACAGCUUGUCAUUCAGCCUGAUAAUGCCACACAGGAACAUGUUCCUCAAGACCCUUGGCAAAGUCUGGUGUCUGGCUUAGAAGCGCUCGGAGGUGGCUCUGAUGGUGACGAGCAGCGAGUGGUCAGCGUGGAAGAGAUUCCUCUCAUCCAAGCUGAUCUCACAUACGGCGAUAUUCUCCGCGAAGGACAUUUAACGCAUUCUCCUCGUCCGUCGCUCUUGGCUAUCACCAUGCUUCCUCCUAACCCGCGAGCCAAGCACGGAGGACGACCCUCAACACCUCCUAUCCCUCCUCAUCCAUCGAUCGUGCAACGACGAAUGGAAUUGUUAGCAUCGGACAUGCUGACCAGGGCAUUGACCCUUGUCUCUCGCGGUCAGCACGACCGUGCCCAACAUCUCCUUCACGAGACCCGAAGUAUUCUCAAGGGUCUUGGAAAAGGAGGACUCCCACCUCUGCCUCCUGGUGCUAAUAAGCCCAGCACAUCCAACGGUCUUUUGAACGAUCCUCACAGUCCUGCUGGAACACCCAACUCGACGUCUCCACGCUCGUCGCACUUCCAAGAAACCAACAGCUCAUCUGCUGCAUCCGAAACAGCUACUAUCACCCCUGUGGCUGCUGUUGAUCAACACGUCAUGGCGGCUUUAGAUGCUGAUUUGGAAGCAGCGCUUGAAUGGAUCAACCAUCCGGCCGUGUUUAGCCGCGAUUCUCGCAAAGCCGUGCUGCAAGCUAUCGGCGUGGUUUCGUCGCAGCGGGCAUUCACAUACCGCACACCUUCCGAGUCCUUGUGGUCGGAUCGUGUGGUUGGAGUGAAGAGGCUUACCGAUAAGUCCAAGGAGUGGCGUGAGAUGGGCGAUGAUGCGCUAACCGAAGAGUAG